CAGUUAUUCUGCUGUCCAUCCACUCUGACAUCCUAAGCCAGCGACUGAGCCAUCGUUCACCUGCAGACCCACCGGCUCACACCACCUCUUCAUCUGCUCUUCAGGUCGCCCUUCUCCGCAGAGAGCAUGGAGGAUUCCUCGGAGCAGUCCCACUGGGCGUCCCCGGCCCUGCUCAGCUCAGACUCCCUGGGGGUGUUCAGCUCGGACACGGGGCUCCUUUCCUCGGUGGAGGAGGGGGACGCCUUCUUCUCCAACCCAGAGGUGGACUACAGCGGCCUGCCCUCCUACUUCUCCAACCCCCCCCACAGCAGAGCCCCGUCGGCCUACAGGAACAGCACGGUUCGUCAGCUGUACAUGUCGCCGUCUCUGCAGAGCAACCUCCAGUGGGUGGAAGGACCGGCCAACCACUCCAUGGGCUCCCCCUACAACCCCCCCACCCCCAGCUGGAGCAACAGCCCCCUGUCCAAGACCCCCCUCCUCCAGCCCACCCCCACCUCCCCCUACACCCCCAUCUCCACCACCGCCACCGCCGCGUCCUCCUACGCCUCCCCCAGGGACGGCUACAUGUCCACGGGCAGGGAGGGCAAGGAGAGCCCCUCGGGGCUCCAGGAGGCCCUGAAGGCGGAGAGGCUCAGCCCCACGGGGGGCGCCGCCGCCGGCAGCAGCUUCCUCAACCUGACCUCCGUGGCGGGGGGCAUGUACAGCCCGUCCCCCAACUCCCACCCCCACAUGCUGAGCCCCUACGGCUCGUACAUGGGCUCCACGCAGGACUACAGCGCCGCCGCCCUCUACUGCAGCCCUGGAGGCUGGAUGGGCCCCGGCUCCUACUCCCCCAAGCUCCGCAACAAGAUGAGGCUAUCCCCGCCAGAGGCCCGGGAGUGCGUCAACUGUGGAGCCACCGCCACCCCCCUAUGGCGCCGGGAUGGUACAGGCCACUACUUGUGUAACGCCUGCGGACUGUACCAUAAGAUGAAUGGUCAGAACAGACCUCUGAUCCGCCCCAAGAAGCGACUGAUCGUGAGCAAACGAGCCGGUACGCUGUGUGCCAACUGUCACACCAGCACCACCACGCUAUGGCGGCGCAACGCCAAUGGGGAGCCCGUGUGCAACGCCUGCGGACUCUACUUCAAGCUGCACAACGUCAACCGGCCGCUCACCAUGAAGAAGGACGGCAUCCAGACACGCAACCGCAAGGUGUCCAACAAGAACAAGAAGAGCAAGAAGAACCUGGGCCACCCGGCAUCGUACCCAGACAUGAUGCAGCCGCUGGAGGACAACUGCGGGCCUUUCUCCCUGGGGCCCGGCUCCAUGCUGUCCUACGGCCACACGGCCCACCUGAUCCCCACAGCUCCCCACGGCCUGCACUCCUCCGCCCCCAUGUCCUACACGCACUACCCCGGCGCUGGCAUGGUGCCCGUGGGAGGGCUGGGUGUGUGACUGGGCUAGGGUGUGGUCCCACCUGCGCGUCGCAACAACAGUGGUGAUUGAUAUAUAGGAUUUCUGUCUGGCUGUUUGUAUGUAUGUAUGUAUGUAUGUGUCCACAGUUGUGCACUAGAAUAGAAGGUUGUUUUAUUUUCUAUUUGUUUUUCACUGUAUUUCAGGCCAAGUUGGGGCAUAUUAGAAGGAGUAUGUCAGGUUUUGUUAUAAGGUCAAUACAAUGUUUUUCACAUCUGGUUCAUUCUGGUGCUACUGCACAAUGGACAAAAUGAUAUUUCCAACAGAAUUGUGUAUCCAUGACAACAAUGUGGUUUUUUUUGUUCAGUUUUACACCUGUAAUUUUUAUAUUGCAGAAUACGUAGAACGUUGGGGUAGUCAGAUUUUGCAGAUAUUAAAGCAUGUGUAUUGUCUGAUAUUUGUUUGUUUAUGGUUUGUUGGUUUGAGUCAAUUCAGUCAAAUUAAAACAAGCACUGGGCAUUUGUUACUUACCACCGUCACUCUGUGUCCAUUAUAUAAAGCUGUCUUUGUAAAGUCUGCAUGACAGUGCACUUUAUCAGCUCCACCACAAAUGCAAAUUUGAGGCGACAAUACCGUACAGCCAAACCACUUUAGCUCAGUUCCAUAUUCAAAAUCCACUUCAAUAUGAUUGUUUAAAAAAUGUUUUCAAACUGAAACAAAAAGACCACACAAACCCUCAUAUAGAAACAGAGACUUUGUUACGUGGUGUUACACACUAGCCUCAUGCUCCAAGGUCUAUAGCCUGAACUGGCGUUAAAUGCCAUCGUAAAAUGUGCUGAGUGAUAAUUGUUGUUAGUUGUAAUAAGGUCAAAUAGGCCAACGAUGGAAGCCUGGAAUGCAGGCUCAAAACCAUGAAAGAACAGGGAUUGUUGCAAGAUAAUUAUUAUACAUUUGCUUGUGCAUUAUCAAAAAAUUGUGCAAACUGGCAACAGACCUAUAUUUCUUGGGAACAGACCUAUAUUCCACUAUAUUUCAGGCAUACUGAAACAGUGAAUGAAUAGUCAGUCAAAAGCUGAGAUAGUAUCUUCAAUCUUUCUACGUUCACCAAGACUUGACUAGAUAAAACUGAAAAAUUACACUUCCUCUUUCUAACCACCAAUCCACAACAAUGAUUGCUGGGAGGUAAGGACUUCAGAUAAGAGAAUCUAUGGGCAAAAAAAAAAGUGAAAGAAUGAAAAAGGCAUCGUUAACCAAAGAGGAUAAAUAUGUGGUGCUGAAAAGCAGAACUACGCGAGAACCCUGGGGUGAGCAUGUUCAUCUUUAAUGAGCUCAGGAGGGUUUCGGGAGGAUC